AAAUAAUGCCCUUUGUUGGCACAAACUUGAGCAAUGUGGGGGUACAAAAGUCCCCUGUGGCAUGAAUUGCGCUUUGGCGUCGCCACUUGGCGCGUUACCCAGACCCCUCUAUACGCGAUUGUUUCUUUCUUUCUAAUGACAUUUACCGGAUCAAAACAUGCUGUUAAUUCGAUCAGAAAGCUUCACCCUACACAACAAUACCAGCCUGAUUUCUUCCAAAGUUUGUUAAGUUGACCGAAAUUAGGCAAAUGAAUAGGGGUCUCCAGGCGCAGGUGACGGAGAAUAAUGCGCGCCAGCACCAGCUGCAUUCUUCUUUAUUUCUUCUUUUCUUUCACUGCAUUAUUAAAAUUUAGGCCAAUGAAACUAUUCAUUCCGCUCAAUAGACAUUUUCUUAUAGGAUAAUAGGAUACAAAUUGAGCCCCUCUGAGGGGAAUCCAGCGGUGGGUAACCCUCGUGUGCCAAAGACGGCUGGAGUCUCUAACAUGGUCGGAGGGGCCGCUCGUGUGCCAGGCCGGGUCCCCACACCUGCCGAGGCCUCUAACAAAACUAAGAGAAUGUAAACAAAACCCGACCGUAGCCCAUGAAAGAUGGACGUGUCACCAAGUCGUGUGAGAAACGCCUCGAACAAACGGGGGGACUCCGUCUCCAAAAGGUCUCCCCUGAACUCGGCGGAACAGCCUAUUAUGUGCUUACUUAAUUACUAUAAUAACAGUAGACAGGCUUUAAACCUGAGACGGGUUCGGGAUGGAAGUUAAGAUCGCUUGCUGGGACCCAUAAACAGGCGAUCGUGUGAGAAACGCGACGUGGAACUUAAAGGGACGCCUCGCUCGAGGGGCUUUGUUUUCAUUGCGCGCACUGCGCUCGCGAGGCUCCCGUGGCCAUCAUGGGCUCUUACUAUGCAAAUAGUAUUCUACAACUUAUCACGUGUCUUUAGAUAGGCCACGUGGAUUAACAAAGUAGGUCUGCCCCCCGCUAGCCCACAGCUUCAGGUUUUACUAUUUCUUUAACUGAUCCUAAGUGCACACAUUAACCAAAAGGAUGCCUUUAAUCCUAUGGAAUAAUUUAAGGCAAUGAAUGCGCCAGUCUUCGGGGCGAGAGCUUUAUAAGCGACUGUUUCCAGUGCUGCUCACCUCAGUUUAAAAAGUUUCUGGAAAGAGGACGACAUAUAGAGUCUGGCUACAGUAUUUUUAGUUUUAUCAUUUUUCCUUGUUUCAUCAAAUGAUGGCGUCAAAGAUGAAGGAUCGCAAGAAAACUCCUAUUUCUCAUAAGGUUAUUGAGAAAAGAAGAAGAGACCGAAUCAACCGAUGUCUAAACGAGUUGGGAAAGACGGUUCCGAUGGCACUGGCUAAACAGAACUCUGGAAAACUGGAGAAAGCAGAAAUCCUGGAGAUGACAGUGCAGUAUCUACGCGCGCUCCACUCGGCAGACUUUCCGCGCGGGAGAGAAAAAGGAGAACUGCUGACAGAAUUUGCAAAUUACUUUCACUACGGCUAUCACGAGUGCAUGAAAAACCUCGUUCAUUACUUGACCACGGUGGAGCGCAUGGAGACCAAAGACACAAAGUACGCGCGGAUCCUUGCCUUCCUGCAGUCCAAAGUAGUCACCGAGCCCGUGUUUGGCGCAUUAGGCACCAUUUCAUCAGAUCCCACAGACCUUCUGUGCCAGCUGGAGUACCAGAGUUCGAGCCCGACUGAGUCUGUUUUCCAGCAAAGCCCACCCGGACACUUUUCCUGGCACAGUUCGGCGCGCAGUCCCACGCUCGCGUAUCCCUCAGUGUCUCAGCACGGCGCAUACUUGUCACCCGUUCAAGGACUCGAUCAUCAUUACAUGAACCUCAUCGGGCACUCGCACCACAACGCCUUCAGCUUUCACAAUGCACAACACGCUGCCCUGUAAAUACAACUGAAUAUGUGUCUUUAUUUAUAUGUGUACAUUUUAUAUUUUAAUAUGUAGAUACUGGAUUUAAUAAAUAACUUUGAAUUUAAUUA